UCCCACAAUUCAAAGCAGCCACUUCCGUUUCCCUCCGUAGAAUUUGUGCGACGGUGUUUGAAUGGAGGCGAGCGUCCACACAAAAAAACAAAAGCAACUCUAACUGCAACAAUGGGGCCUAUUGAGCUUCUCCACGUGACGGUGUAUUCCCAGAGCUUUUCUCCCUGUGGACGUUACUUAGCAGUAGGGAACAACUAUGGAAAUAUUGCAUUGUUCAGUCUAACAGCAGCCCUCAGUCCAGAAGCAACAGAGCUCAGUCAGAAACCAGUCCUCACUUUCACAGCUCAUGAGGGCCCAGUGUUUUCUCUGCUGUCCACGGAUAGCCAGCUUCUGAGUGCAGGGAAUGGCGAGGUCAGCGCCUGGAACUGGUCUGAACUCAUCAAAAGGAACUCAAAAGCUGUUUGGACAAGAAGGCCUAACUACAAAACCAGUCUAGAGAUUCCUGAAAUCAAUGCCAUGGCACUCGGUCCUAAAGACAACAGCUUGAUUGUUGGUGGUGGAGACAAUAACAUUCACAUCAUGGACCUAGAGAGUGGCAUCUUUAAGUCGGUCUUGCAGGGCCACAGUGACUACAUCCACUGCCUGACGGUGAGGGAGAGGGAGGGAGAGAUCCUGUCUGGAGGGGAGGAUGGUGCAGUGCGGAUAUGGGAUUCUAGGACAGCACAGUCCGUACACUGCAUCGAAGUUUACAAAUAUCAGGAAUGUGCCCGCCCCCAGCUUGGCAGAUGGAUCAGCUGCCUGACCACAGACUCCGACUGGAUGCUCUGCGGAGGAGGCCCAUCCCUAUCUCUCUGGCACCUGCGCUCCAUGUCUCCUACGUCAGUCUUCCCCAUCUCCGGUUGCCAACGUGAUGCCAUGUUUUACCAGGACAUGAUCUUAUCAGUGGGUGAAGGGCCGUAUCUGUACCAUAGUUUCUUGGGUGGGCAAGUCAAAGCUCAGAUCCCCUGCACCUCCCCGUCUCUGAACAGCCUGGCUCUGAACGUUCACCCCUCUGAAUCUCGGGUUAUGACACUGGGGGGCAGCAGUGACCAUAUUGAUGUUUUCACCAACUUGUCCUACAGAGCUUUCUCCUUGUCUUUCUAGAAUCUUGGGGGCUUUAUACCUCAAUCAUUGCCCUCAUACAUGAUCGUCAACUUGGGAAGUUGAUUCUUAUUGUGAAUUCACAGUACCCUAUUUUUAUAUGUAAUAAAAUACAUUCGUUUUCAGAG